ACGUCAAUACACGUCAACCCGAGAACAUGAUGCCUCUCAGCGAGUCAACUCGUGUGCUCCGUAGCUGAUAGAGGCACCUCCAGCUGAAAUAUUAUCGCUCUAUUGUACCGGGGUGGGGGGGAACGUGGCGUGACAGCCUUGUGGCUCGCCGCGUAUGAAGGAGAGUCAGCGCCACAUUGGCAUUUUUUUUAAGCCGGUAGUGGCUAGAAAGAAAUCAACUUUGUCUAUUUUUAAUGGACACGCUUCGGGCGGCGGUAGCAGCGGCGGCGGCGGCAGGCGGCUUGUUUUCCUUUCUUUAUCUCUAGCCGCUCAGGCUACCCUGUCUUAGUCUCCCCCCCUCCUUCUCUCUUUACCUCUUUCACUAGCAGUCCCAUUUAGAACAGCAUGGUCAUGGCCGACAGUGUCCAGAAACCGCUGCUCCGGGGUCCGGUCCGAGUGGGCUUCUACGACAUCGAGCGCACUUUAGGAAAAGGCAAUUUCGCUGUGGUGAAGCUGGCCAGACACCGAAUAACAAAGACCGAGGUGGCCAUAAAGAUCAUUGACAAGACGCAGCUGGAUGCCGUCAACCUGGAGAAGAUCUACAGAGAAGUUCAGAUCAUGAAGAUGCUGGACCACCCCCACAUUAUCAAGCUCUACCAGGUGAUGGAGACGAAGAACAUGCUUUAUUUGGUCACAGAGUAUGCAAAGAAUGGGGAGAUCUUUGACUACCUGGCAAAGCACGGCCGUCUCAGCGAGCUGGAGGCCAGGAGAAAAUUCUGGCAGAUCCUCUCUGCGGUCGAGUACUGUCACAAUCGAAACGUCGUCCACAGAGACCUGAAGGCUGAGAACCUGCUGCUGGACGGCCACAUGAACAUCAAGAUUGCAGAUUUUGGGUUUGCAAACUUCUUCCAGCCUGGGGAGCCUCUGGCCACAUGGUGUGGCAGCCCACCGUAUGCUGCCCCUGAAGUCUUCGAGGGACAGCAGUAUGAGGGACCACAGCUGGACAUCUGGAGUAUGGGGGUGGUGCUUUAUGUGCUGGUGUGCGGCGCGUUGCCCUUUGAUGGGCCCUCUCUGCCUGUGCUUAGACAGAGGGUCCUGGAAGGAAGGUUUCGCAUCCCCUACUUCAUGACUGAAGACUGUGAACACCUGAUCCGCAGGAUGCUGGUACUGGACCCAUCCAAACGUUUGUCUGUGGCCCAGAUCAAGGAGCACAAAUGGAUGACUCUGGAUGUCCCCGUCCAGAGGCCUGUUCUGUACCAGCAGCCUCUGUCGGCAGAGGGGGAGGCGGGUGUAGGAGAGUACAGCGAGCAGGUCCUCCGCCUCAUGCACAGCCUCGGCAUCGACCAGCAUAAGACCAUAGAGUCUCUGCAGAACAAAAGCUACAACCACUUUGCUGCUAUUUACUACCUGCUGGUGGAACGGCUCAAGGCGCAUCGCUGCAGCUUCCCCGUUGAACAGCGGCUGGACGCCCGUCAGCGGCGGCCCAGCACCAUCGCUGAACAAACCGUCAUCAAGUCGACCAGCGGUUCAUCACAGGUGGGCUUGCCCCUGCAGGGUGUACGUUUGUUGCGUCCGCCCGCCAUUCCCCAACCCAGUUCCGACGCUUGCACCUUUGUCCAGACCCCAUCUCCCCUGGAGCAGAAUUUCAUGGUAGAAGAUAUCAGCACGCCCAAAGUGAACGGCUGCCUCUUAGACCCCCUCCCUCCCACCACUGUCCUCCGCAAGUCCUCUACCUCGUCACCCAGCAACAUGAUGGAGACAUCGAUUGAUGAGGGUAUUGAGACUGAAGAGCCGGAUGCAGAGGAUGAUCCCGCCCACUUGCUUUCAGCCUAUCAGACAGCUCGAUUUGGCCAACGGCGGCACACCCUAUCUGAGGUCACCAACCAGCCAGGACCUUCAAAUCAAGGUAAAUUUUUCGCUCUGGGACACAAUCCAUCUAUGGGAAGCGUUGACUCAGACAUCGGCUACGACAUGGGGUCUGUGCAUAGUGACCUCGGCCUGCUGGAAGACUCUCCCUCGCUCGGCGAGGUGAUGCCAGCCAGCAGCCCUGCAACUUUCAUGAUGGCCAGGCCUCCGAACCCAACAAUGGCUGCACUGACAUCCCAGCACAGGGAGACGCACAACCGCUCCCCAAUCAGCUUCAGAGAAGGACGCCGCGCAUCCGAUACCUCCCUCACACAAGGUCUGGUGGCGUUCCGGCAGCACCUCCAAAACCUGGCGAGGACCAAAGGCAUCUUGGAGCUAAAUAAGGUCCAGAUGCCUGUGGGGCCGAUGGACUCUGGGGAUGGGGGUGUCACUGGCCUCCUGGGACCACAGCAUUAUUUGCACAACCUGCUGGAGGGUGAGGCCUGCAAGCAGCAGGAGGGCCUAGCUUUGUAUCAAGGUGAAGCCCAGCCGCCUCUCCUGUCCCGCAGACAGAGUUUGGAAACACAGUACCUCACACACAGACUGCAGAGGGCCAACAUCUUGGCUAACAGUCCUGCUAGCUGUCAGAUUUUCUGUAAGGAGACUCCUCGCAGUUUAGAGCAGCAGCUACAGGAACACAGACUGAACCAGAAGAGGAUGUACCUGCAGCAGCAGUCCCAGGGCAUGGGGCUGCAGACCUAUUUCAACCAGAUGCAGAUAGCUGAAGGCUCCUACCCACCUGUCGGCCCUGCUCUGGACCCUGCGUCCCCUCAGGGUCCCCUUCAGGGCCCCCCCAUGUCGGCUGGCGGCCAGCCUCAGCCUCAACAGCAAGGCAGCCCUCAGCCCUCCUCCCCCUUCGGCCACACCCUCAGCCUGAGCCCCCUAAUGGAGCCAGGCGAGGGCGUGGUUUACGACCCCUACAUGAGCCAUCACCACUACACCCAACAUCUGCCUCAUGGAGCCCACCUCCACCACCAGCUCCACCACCAGCAGUCUCAUGAUUCUUCCAGUAGUUGCCUGGGCUUCAGUUUCCCUGCAGGCUGCGAGCAGCAGGCCCUUGGCCCCUCCCCUGAUGCUCUUCCACCAGACCAGUACGAGUUCUCCAUGAACCCUGCCUUGCUGCCACCACCUUCCCCAGGAGAGGCGGAGGCCACAGCGAUGCCUGGGGCUCUGGCUGGAUCAGCCCAGUCGGAAAACCUGGGAAUGAACGAGCUGCCUGGUUCUCUGCUGGACAGCGAGAUGAUGGAGACUGUGGACUCGCAGCAGGGCUUCGUAAUGGUCAACUGAUCCAUGCCAAGGAGGUUAUUAGAGAGCAGUGUUAAAACAGCGACACAGAAUUAAGAACAGGGAGAACGGAGAUGUAAGUGGAGGUCUGAAGUGUAGCAGCAGGGAAGGAUGUGUUCAUUUUUGUGCAACUAAUAGAAACUUCAUUUCUUAGUUGUAAGAAGCCUCAAGAUUUGUACCAAAAUCCUCCCUCAUCCUGCCUCCCUUUCUCCCUCUACUCCCCUGUUCUUGUCUUCAACCGCUCCGCAAGGCAGGAGGAGGCCCGUCGCCGUGCCGACGCGGUGAGGCUGCUGUCGCCACGUGCGCCCAGCCGUUUUAAGAGACUGGCGGAGAGUUUGCUGCACAUCCUCAUUUCAUCUAGAAAUAGCUUGAAAGCGAACUAAUUUAGGGACAUGAAACUGAACGGCAACCAAAAGCACAAAGGCUGGUCGUCAACAAUAAGACUGGUUCUGAAAAAGACUUCUGUGGAUUUAUAUUGGGUUCGUUUUGAGAGGAUGGAGGGAAAAAAAAGUGAGCAGGAGAAGAUGGCCCUCAUUUAUCACGGUACCAUGAAUAUCGACAUGAAUUCAGGCGAUUCAAGCUUGUUUUUUUUUGUGCAUUUCUGUCAUAAUGCUCAUAAACAGGUUUCAACACUAUCACUGAUAAACUAACAGGUAUUAAAUACCCUCAACCGUUAAGGACACUUAUUUUAUUUUUUGUGACGUUUGAUUCAUAAAUUGUAACUACUGAUCUCGAGCUAUUUUCAACACUACUGAUUGCUGUCCCAAAUUCAACCGUUACCAUGGUUACCAGUUCAGCUGAAGUGUGGGUCAUGCCUUCGCCUGGUAAAUGAGGGCUGAUGUUGAUUAAACGCCUAAAGUUGAGGGUUAGAGUUCAACAUGUGUCUCUGUUUCUGUGGCAAUACUGAAGCAAUAUUAAUCCUGAAUGUUGUGGGGGGGGUGGUGUAGUGAACGGAAGCCUCUGAUUGGUCCGCUGUGGGCUUCGGGAGUUGACGUAGACGGAGCAGAUGACGUAAGCAGGAGAUAAUCUCACUGUUGUUCGCUCUAGAGAUGUUGCAGGGUGGACUGAGUGGAAAAGUUGGACGUUUGUUCAGUUGUCCACAUCUUCCUGAAAGACACAGGAAGUGGUGUCUUUGCCCUGAAAGCAUCACAGGUUGUCUUUUUAAGGUACUCGGCUGAUGGGGAGUUUUAGGUGGAUAAAAAAUAGCAUUUUGCACAGUGUUUGUUUUUUAGAUUAUUUCUGGUUUACUUCCUCUGCUCCAAGAUUCUCCUGAGUGAAGAUUCCCGUCUGAAGCCCAGCAUCCUUCAGCCGGCAGGGAAUCUUUGUUUUCUCACAUCUCUUUCAGGUUGUUUUCUGUUUUUUUUUUUUUUUGUUUGUUUUUUUCCUUUAACGACACUCAGACUCGAUCUACUAGAUAUAACUCUGACAGAUGAUGGGUCAGAAUGACAGCAGUUGAGCUAAGAUUACUGAACUGCGACCAUCUGCCAGACUGCGUGGCCUGCAGUGGUUUGUGGUUAAACUGUAGGAAGGUUUGGUGUCGCAUCCAGCAGCAGACCAACGUUUGUUCGACCCAAAGUGGAAACUGACAGUUGAACCAUCUGUGGUGACAGAAACAAGAGGUAAUUGUAGGAGAGUUUAAAGGUAAAUCAAUCCAAAAUUGAUCUGUUAUGCUCAUUUGUAACAUUCCAGAGGUUAUUUUAAUUGUUCCCUUUUGUCUUUUUUAGACCACAAACUUCCAUGGAUCUUAUUAGGAUUUAUUGCGAUCCACCUAAAAAAGUAGCAGAUAACCUUGUAGUGAAAGGAUUGUUAUGUAAAAUUCUCAAACAUAUUAAUACAUUUUCUUAUUUCAUCGUAGCUCUGACUAGAUUGUUAAAGUCCAUAUUGGGGCCUGUGUGUAGCUCCGCCCCUUUUCCCAUAUACUCCAACCAUAUCUCUGCUGAACAAUAUUUCCAUACCAUGAUGCUGCCACCACUGAAACUUAACUUAAGUUUUUGGGGGUUUCUUUCAAAUCUGGAUAAGUAUGGAAAAAUGUUGGAUUUUCAAGCUUAAUAAAAAACAUUUCAGGAAGACAAAGGACUAUUCUGAUGGCUUUCCGAACAUCCAAUCUAUGAGCAGAAAUGGAUGUGCUUUGUUUUAAAAAAAAAUUUUUUGUGUGUUUUUUUUUUUUAGAGGGAGUUCUGUUAGAAUCUUUGGUUCAUAAACUUUGUCCAAUUUGAAUUAUUAAAGAAAUACUUACAAAAAACGUAUACUCAUGUUUUCACAGAUAAAGGAAAAAAAGACUCUCCUUAAGCUGCAAUCCGGUACGAUUAUAGAUGCGCUUUAUGUAGUAAAGCAUAAGCCAAUCCAGGGCAGAGAUGGCGAUAGAUUAUAGAUUAAUAUACGGAGCAGAUAUUAGUGUGGUUAGAUCAUAAACCAACUUUUUAUAGAGAAGACUUUUCGAAAUGAUAAAGAUUUUUUGUACUCCUAUUUUGAGAAUGUUUUGGAAACUGCUGGAGAAAUCAAAAAACUUAAAAAUGUGGACGGUCUUUUUUUUUUUUUUUGAUCCAAUCUGAUCAGGGAUCCUUCAACAUGUUAGCUGUUCCCACUUAAAUGUCUUGUUGACAUUUUUGAGAUAUUCUUUUCCAUCCAAUCUGGGAAAAUAGUAUAAAGUACUGUAGUAAUCACCAAGGAAACACCAUCCUCACUGUAACUUUAGGUGGUGGCACCAUCAUGCUGUGGGGUUGCUUUUCUUCAGCGGAGACUCUAACUCUAUAACACUAUAAGCCCUUUUGUUAGGUUGACUUAACAGUAACACUUUUGAGGUAUUUGGUCGCUAGUUGCUAAUGCUUCCAAAAGCCUCAGUUGACCAGAAUGCAUUGCAGGCCCGUGGUCGUAUCAACAGUUCCUUCUAAACUCAGCCUGUUUGGGAUCAUUCAGCCAUAGUUUGUUUCAGGGAAUAAGCUCUUGGCCAACUUGUGGGUUUAAAUAGGAGUGAAGUGAAAUUUAUGAGGCUUUUUUUAGGGAACACUGGGGGGCUACAGACUGAUCUUUGAAGGUUGAGUACUAGAGCACUUUGAUGACGACGAGGAAGAAGAGGUGUAGCGAGGGAGGAGAAAAAGGUGGGAAAGAUUUGCGGCUUCCUGGCAGAUGAAACGGACCACAAUCAGGAGGAAACACCUUUCUCCUCUCUCUUCCCCAACAGUAAUGGACAAAAAUAAAACAACAAAUUUUCUUUCAAAGAAAGACCAGACUGAGUGUGACGCUCCGUCGAUCGGAAUCUGAGAAAAAAAACACUUUUCAGUUUAUUAUGAUGAGUGUUCUUGGUGGCUGUUGUGAUCCUCGCCCAGAGGAGUUGUUGAAUAGUGUUCAGUGUGCCUUUUUACUUCUUUUCAAUCUCAGUUCCAUUGACUUUUUCUGGUUUGACUCUUAUUUCGUUUACUUUAUUACAAUUACUUCCUCUCUGUUUUUAUGAUUGUAUUUUUUUUCCUGAAAGUUAGUAGAGCCAGGUUUUCCAAAGGUACCAAAGUCCUUGAGAAGUUUCCCUGUACGACCCACCGUGUGGAGUUUUGGAGCUUCUUUAUUAUUUUUCUCUGUUGUUUUUUUUUCUCCUAGCUGGUCGAUCUGUGUAUGCCAUUUUAAAGUAUUAUAGCAAUAUUUCUGUAGUUGAGGACUAAAGUCAUGAAGAUUCUAGUGGAUGUGUUUCCAGGUAUCAUAAUUUCACCUCCUGCUGAUUAAAAACAAACAGGAAAAAAGAGUCAAUCAAUAGAAAUCCAGUUUUAUAUUUACCUUCAUUGAUGUUGACCACACAUAAGCUAACUUGCUGUUGAGAUUAAAAAGGUUUAUUGAACGGAAUCAUGGGUUUUGUGUUUGUUAAU